GGGGCUCCUCUCCAGGCUGAGCAGCCCCAGCUCCCUCAGCCUUUCCUGGGCACCGAGAUGCUCCAGGCCCUUGCUCAGCUCCACAGCCUCCACUGGUCCCAGGAUCUCCAAGUCUCCAUUCCUGAUCCAGAAGCUACAGCCUGAGGAUCUGGUUUACUUCAUAUUUACGUGUUGGAUGCUGGGGAGAGGGUUUGACAUCUACAGGAAGGUGCCAAAAGACCUUACACAGCCAACCUACACAGGGGCCAUUAUCUCUGUCUGCUGCUGUCUCUUCAUAUUGUUUCUCUUCCUGUCUGAGCUCACCGGAUUCAUAGCCACUGAAAUAGUUAAUGAGCUCUACGUGGAUGACCCAGACAAAGACAGUGGAGGGAAAAUAGAAGUGAACCUGAACAUCAGUUUGCCAAACCUGCACUGUGAAUUGGUUGGACUGGACAUCCAGGAUGAAAUGGGAAGGCACGAAGUGGGUCACAUUGACAACUCGAUGAAGAUCCCUCUCAAUAAUGGGGAUGGCUGCAGGUUUGAGGGCCAUUUCAGCAUCAACAAGGUCCCUGGUAACUUCCACGUGUCGACGCACAGCGCGACGGCGCAGCCCCAGAACCCCGACAUGACUCACGUCAUCCACAAGCUCUCAUUUGGGGACAAGUUACAGGUCCAUAACGUUCACGGAGCAUUCAAUGCCUUGGAGGGAGCAGACAAGCUCAGCUCAAACCCCCUUGCCUCUCACGACUACAUCCUGAAGAUUGUGCCCACGGUGUACGAGGACAUGAGCGGCAAGCAGCGAUACUCCUACCAGUACACGGUGGCAAACAAGGAAUACGUAGCCUACAGCCACACCGGCCGCAUCAUCCCGGCCAUCUGGUUCCGCUACGACCUGAGCCCCAUCACAGUGAAAUACACAGAGAGGAGACAGCCUUUGUACAGGUUUAUCACAUCGAUAUGUGCCAUCAUUGGAGGAACAUUUACUGUAGCUGGGAUCCUCGACUCCUGCAUUUUCACAGCAUCAGAGGCCUGGAAGAAAAUCCAGCUGGGCAAAAUGCAGUAGCAGUGAAACUCUACCCUCGACUCCAAGGACAGGAGCAAAGAUUGAGAAAUUUACCACUACCUGUUUUUGUCUUUAUUUUCUAUUUGAUUGAAUCAGUAUGGGUUUUUUUUUUGUUUUUUUUUUUUCUAAUCAGGCUGUUCAGUGAAGACAAAUCAACAAAUCAAAGAAAUCUCCAUGCAUUUCAGAGCUCUGAGAGGGAAAAAUCAGUGGAAUCAGGGUGUGGAUUUUGAUUCCCUCCCCCCAGAAAGAGAGGAUGAAAUGCCUUAUCAGAUCUAAGUAAGGAUGGCAGUCUGUCCUCUGGGAGGUUCCUGUGGCAGUGUACAAACUAGGGAGUAGAUGGCAAAGAGCUGAACUGUCUUGUGGCACUUCUUGGAGUUCUGUUGGAUUUGCAUGAUCAGACAAUCGACUUUUGUAUAGGGCAAAAUUACACAUGAGGAAGAAAUUCCACCCAUGGUGCCAAAAAGGUGAUGUAUCUGUUGGUGAGGAGUGGAAAGUGUUAGUCCCCACAGCAAACCUAAGAGACAGAGGGCAGAAAUAACAUCAAGAAAUGUUUUGUGCUUCUAGUGAAAGCUCAGUUGUUCAGAUACAACCUUUCUAACAAAGUGAAAAAAGAACAGGAAGCCUUCCCCAGCUACCUUUUCCUAGGUAAUCUGUGAUCCCAGCAGUGGAGGGCAUUUCUUUUACUCUGGGUGUAAAAGUGGUUUCAUUCCUUCCCACUAACUGAAUAUCCAGUCUUGUGUUUACAGGUGGCAUGAAGUAAAAACCAAACUGAGCAACACAGUUUUAUGUGGCCUUUGCUUUGAAAGGGAAUAGUUGUCUUUACAGCAUUAGCUUUUCUUUCUUGUUUCUAAACACAGACCACCCAAAAGUCUGUAUUCUGCACUUGUUGUGUUUUUGGUUUUUUUUUUUUUUUUUAAUUUUUGAAAAGAGGUUUUAUAUUCUCUGUGCUCAGAAAAAUGGUGCAGCCCUCUGGGUGGAUGAGCACAGCUUCCUCUCUUGCUUUGUGUGUGUGUAUUCAAUACACCUGUCAAACACAGGAAUUCUGACUUUUCAGGAUUUAAGGUGCCUCCCUUUUCCUUUAAAACUCAGUCAGGGCAUCUUUUCGGAGCCCUGGACUGACACUGUUCUCCCACAGGUACCCAGGGCAGCAUUCCCACAGGCUGACCCUUGCUGGGAGUUUUGUUUGAUCCCUUAAAAAGAUUCCUGAGCUUCCCUGUCCAUUCCUUCGAGCCUUGUCUUCUAGAGCCUCCAAAAAACAGAGGUGUGAGGGGAAAACUCCUGCCAGGGGGUGCCUUGCAUGUCGUGGUGGGCGUGAGGUCUCAAAAAUGAGACCAGGUGCCCCCCAGUGCAUUUUGCAGAGCCUCAUCAAUGUUCCUUGAGUAGUGACAGUCGCAGUAAUUCAGCAAUUCACAUGCCUUGUGAAUGUCUGAGCUGAGGAUACACAAAUUUUAAGGCUUUCAGGAUGGAUUAAACAGAAAUAACCAUAAAAUAAAGGUCAUGCUGUAAAUUCUAAGAUGGGUGCAGGGUUUCUCUUGGAUGAUAUCCAUUGCCUUUUCCUGGAGGCAAAAUAUCCAAACUUUACGCUGUGAUGAUAUGAAUUGUUGAAUUUUCAGUGUUAUUGUUAAGAGUCAGAUGCAUUUCAGAAGAAUUCCUGAUUGUCUGUUGAAAUUGUCUCAUUGCUCUGGAAGCAGGGAAGGUGCAGCCAGUUUUAUCCACCCACCCAAAAGAAGCAGCCAGCUCCUCUCCCCCUGCCAUGCUCUGCCCUGUGUGACUUCAGACAGCAUUGGAAUUUUUCCCUGUUCUUCUCUGGACUGAUUGCUCUUACUUUAGGUGUAAACUGGAUUGUGUGACUUCCUGUACCCCUUCAUCUAUGGGUAGAUUUUUUUACUCUUUUUUUUUUUUUUCCUCAUUUACAAAAAAAUGAACUUUUUCAAUGAGAUGUUUGUGAUCAUUUGGGUUGUGUGUCCUUGUGCCUGCGAGUGGAGCCCUCUGGAUGUGGGAUUUUCCAUGGCAAUUGCUUCUCCUGCUGGCUGAAGGAUUUCCUCUAACCCACUGUGACCAGCUGAAACUCACAGCUAAAAUAUCCUCAUUUUUCCUUUUGGAUUUGGUGAGUCUUGGCAACAGUGGAUUACAACAAUGAGAUUUUUAAUAUUUUAGCAUCUUCCUUACACUGAGAUUUAUUUAGUUCAUCCUGAGCUGGGCAAGGGGAGAUCUUUGCAGCACAGUUCAUUUUCUGAAAUUUCUCCUCUGGUACAAUUUCUUUGACACAAGCAAAGGGGGUUGCAGAUUCUUUGUGUCCCCUGGUGUGUAAUUCCCAUCCUUCUCCCCAUUCCCUUAAACUGCCUCUUGUGCAGUCCAGGCCAGUUCUCUAAACCAGACCAGUGAAAUUGGUUUAUUUGGGAUGGGGUUUGUUUUUGGUUUUGUUUUUUUUGUGGUUUUUUUUUUGGUUUUUUUUGUUUUGUUUUUUUGGUUUUUUGUUUUUUUUUUUUUUUUUUUUUUUUGUGGGGUGGGGUUUUUUUUGUUGUUUUUUGGGGUUUUUUUGGGGGGGUAUUUUUGCUUUCUUUUUUGUUUUUUUUUGGUGGGAUUUUGGGUUUUUUGUUUUGUUUUGUUUUGUUUUGUUUUGUUUUUUUGGGGUUUUUUUGUUUUUUUUUUUUUUUUAAUAACACACUUCAGCGUGCCUGCUCUCUCUGCCAAAACAUCCCCUGCAAUAAGGUAAUAAAUCACUUUUUUUGGGUUUUUUUUUUUUUUGCGAGAUGUGGAAACCAAGUUGUACUCAAGUUCUGGCAGGACAAACAGUCUGUACCUUGGUUCUCUAAGCCAGGUCUAAGCCUCUGAGAGCUGCCAAGCCAAGGCCACCUUCUGGGGCUGUUGGGAUUUGUGGUGAGCUUGUCCUGCAGGGUCACACCUGGUUUACAGCAGAAUCUGCUCUUCAUCUCUCCAGACGUGGAAGCAAGGCAGUCACUGCCUCUGCACCCAUGAGAUCUCACUUUUAUUCUGAAUUUUCUGAAGAGGAAAUGAGCUUAGCCGUGCUUUUAAACGGCCUUGCAAACAAAAGAAUUUCACGUCAGAGCAGAAGGAAACCCUGAGUUGUAGGGUUCUGAUUUUGCCCUUUCAAGUCAGUGUUUUGAUAGAAGUAUUUGGGCUUCCAAAAAAGACAUCCCUGUAGGAAAUACCUGAAACUCCCAUUUUAAAUUAUUCCCUGUGACUCCAGACUCCACCCUACGGUGAGAACUUGAGGCAUUGGAUGCUUUGCAGUGGUGGAGUUAAAAACUUCUAGCUCUAGGGAAAGUUAUUAGCUGUAUUCUAGGCGGUAUCUGGACUGCUGAAGAGGAUUUUUAUAAGGAAAUAAAAUGGAAAAGGGGUACAAAAAUCCGUGAGAGAUGAGCCUGUGAAUGUUUGAUGUGAUCACUCAAAUACUUGCAUUUAUGUGCGCUGUAAAAAAUGAGAUCUGCGAUGUCGGUGGCCCUGUCUGCCACCAGCUCCUGGGUAUUUCUCAUUUAUUUCUCUUUCUCUGCGUGACACACGGGCUCUUGGGGCUGGGAAUGGCUGUGAUGAGUCUCUGCUUUACUGGAGUUGUUUGAAUUUGCAAAUUGGGGACGUCAGUGAGGGGUUUGUCCCUGGAAUGUGGGAGAGAGGGGCAGGGAGGAGGAGCAGCCCUGCCGUGUCUGGUACAGCAAUGUUUAAAGCACAAGUCUUCUACAUUUCUACAGUGGAGACUGUUAAGGAGUUCUGGCAUUUGUCUUUUUUAAUUUGCAACCUUAUGUUAAUAAACUAUUAGCCUUUUUAGUUCCAUAAUUAAAAAUAAAACUCUUACGUGUUUCA